AUGGUGCGUGUGUUCAGCUUCAGUGGCGAAGUGGUUCUGAACCGCACAGAGGCGCUCAGUUUGGAAGAGCUCUCGAAAGAGGUGGCUGCGGCUGUGGGGGCGCAUUGCCGCCUGAUCCGCCGCGACGGAUCCGAGUUGACGGGUCCGAGCUCCGCACUGAUCGAGGAGGAGGAGGAGCUCACUUGUGUCGUCAGUAGCGUCGAACCGUGGCUGAAGAUGCUGGGUUUGCUGCAUGAAGAUGGCACAGCCUUCUCAGAGACCUUCAGUCGAGAAGACUUGGAGACCAUGGGCACGAAGCUGGGGCGUACACUCCUGCAGGUCGCCUGUUUACAUGGAGGUCCAGGACAUAUGGAGGGAUACCUUCGAAUCCGUUGGCCCUUCAGUGGUCCUGCACCCAAGAACUUUGCCAAAGGCUACAUGGAGUUGCUUCCCUCCAGGGAGAUCUUGCCAGCGGGCACGCGUGUGCGCAUCUCUUGUGCUGCUGGCACUCAUGGUGAAGAGGGCCUCAGGACGCUCUCUGAAGCGAUGACCCUGCGUAGCUUGGUGGAGCUGCGACGCGCGAAUCCCAUCAGUCGCGAGGAGAAGGCGGUGCUGCUGGCCACGCCCGAGGCAGUGGAGAAAGAAGCUGAAGAUGUGCUGCGAAAUCUGAAGGUGUUGGAGUUUGAGCCACAGGAGGUUCAUUUGCAGUUGGGCUAUGACUCUUGGAGAGGAAAUAGGAGGAUUUUGGAGAAGAUCGUGCUAUUUGUUGGGGAUGGCAGCAACCUGACGACCGCAGCGCAGCAGCGUACGCGUGGACGAUACUCUCCUGCCAUGGUGAAGGUUCGUUGUUGCCGAUCCAGGUCUGGAGCGUCCACCUCAUGUGGGGACCUGGUGCUGGCCGAGGAUACUCCAGUGGUGUGCCCGACCGCCAUGCCAAAUGGAGAGCCAAGUGCAGGACUCGGUGUGCCCGAGAACGGUGCUGAGAUCUCGGGCGGAGGAUUGGGUCGAGACUUUCUCCUGGCGAUCGAGCAGAAAAAUGCAUCUCUGGUGAAAGCAUGCCUGGAACAGAAGGCGGAGCCCGGCGUCGUGGAUGUGCCCAGCGGGCGGAGCGCCCUGCACUUGGCCGUGGCCACGGGCGACGUGGAGGUGAUGAGUGAAGUGCUUCACUCUUGCGUCCGGUCCAAUGUCGACCUGACCGUGGAAGACGGUGAGAACAAAACACCGCUGGAUGAAGCCCUAGAGGUGAGACAAAGUUUGCACACCUCUGGGGAGGUCAUCAUUCCACUGCUUGCAGCUGGGAAGGAGGCGCCGGAGCUCCUCACCGAGCUCCAAGGCUCCGAGACGAAAUGGCGCCAGGCACUGUCGGCGCUGUUGGAUUGCUGUUCUCUUCCAGCCUCUAUCGCGCAAGAGCGCGCCCUCGAGGUCCUGCUGGAGAGUUGGUGCUUCACUGGCGCGCACGGAGGGCCGCCCUCGAAAGUCCAGGAGCUCCGCCGGGCACUCUUCACUUGUGUGGCCAAGAACCAUGCGCCGGGCGUGGAGGCCUUAGCCUUGGCGAAAGCAGACCUCAAUCGCCUUGACCCGCGGUCUUGCAGGACUGCGAUGGAACUGUCACAGGCAUUGCUCCAUCAUCCAGUGACAGACGUCUUGAGGCGACGCGGGGCGUCGUCCCGGCGGAAUCCUCACUUCGCAGAGUGGGCGCUGUGCGUGGCAGCAGCAAGAGGCGAUGUUCAAGGAGUCGCGCAUUGGAUCGAACAGGGCGAGGUGGACUGGCGUGAUCCACCCCCGAGCCGUCGUGCCACCGCCUUGAUGUAUGCGGCAUCGGCCGGGCACGCAGACAUUGCUAUGGCCUUGUUACGGGCGCAGGCUAGCCCGCUCCUGGUGGAUGAGUUGCAGCGAUCUCCUGCAGACUUGGCACGGGAGGUGGGUGCCACGCAGUUGGCACGGCAGCUGGAACGUGUAGCGGAGACCUGGCCACGCCAAGAUGUGAAACUGGAGCCCGCACCCUGGCAGAAGCCAUCCGACUGGGCAGAGGCGAAGCCUGAAGUGGACGGAGAUGUCAAGCAGUCUGUUGGCAUGCGAGCAGCCGUGCGAAGUGCACAAGCCUUGCAGGCGCAUGCACCGAAAGGGAAGAAGAAGCUUAUCGUUGAGGUGCUUCGAGCGACCGACCUGGUCACCAGCAUUUUCAGCCUCAGUGUGGACCCCUUCGUGAAGGUGCGGAUCGGCCAAGAAGUUCAAGAGACAGCCUACGCCGCAAGUGCCAAUCCUGUGUGGGACGAGCAGUUCAGCUUCUUCGUGCAAGGAACCGAGGUGAUCAUUUUCUCUGUGUGGGACUAUGACAUCAGUGGUGCAGAGGACCAUGACUUCAUUGCCCGUGCCGAGCUGCCCCUGAAGCAUCAUGUGAAAGAGCUGUACAGAGGGCAGAGGCUCGAAUUGGAUCUGGAGUUGGGCAAUCAGCUCGACGACAGCGCAUCCCUGAUCUUUGUGGCCUUGCAACUCGCAGACCAGAAGUCGUCACCAAUGAGACCGGUCCGGCAGCCAGAGCGCAGUGAGCCAACGCCUCAACCUUCACAACCGCCACCGACAAGCUCCGCAAGCUUUUUCUAA